AUGGCCGCAGGUCCCGCCACCGCUACCCUCCGCGCCCAAGCACGGCCACCGAUCGCACAGUCUGGCCGGGCGUCCUUCGCGGCGGCCGCACCCUUCCUGCUGAUCCACGGCGCCCAGGGUCCGGCCCCGGGUCUCGCGAGGCGGCGCGGCGGCAGCUGGAGAAGUUGGCCGAAGGGCGCGGUUCGUUCUCCACCCGACCCCUCGAGCAGGGGAGCCGCGGCUCACUGCCGGGUGCGGCCGAGGCGGCGGCAGGUGGCAGGAGGGCGGGGACUAGAGUCGGGGCGCCGGCCGCGAGCGCGCUGGUUUUGUUGUUGUUGUGAAGAAGGUCCGGGUCCCUUGAAGCCGGAAAACGCAGGGCGGAAGUGCGUCACGGGCGGCUUGCCCGGGCACGGGGCACUCCAGGUCCUGUCGGCGCCGCCCGCCGCCCGCCGUGGCUGGCUCCCGACACCUUGGGCCAAAUUUUUGGUCUCCCGGAAGCCACUUGGGUGCGUCGAGCCCUCCAUGGCAGACCAUGCCCUCCGCCCCGCUUCUCCCGCAGCACUUGGGCCUUAG